UUUAGAUAGCCCCUACAUAGCAAGAAUCAAAUUAGCCGACAAAAGUAAAAGCUUCAAUAAUAGUAAUGUUUUAGAAUUAACGAGCAAGGAUUUUCGUUGCAAUUAUGCGAGAGAUGGCAAUGCGAGAGAUGACAAUACGGGAGAUGACAAUUUUAAUCGGAAACUAAAAACACAGAGUGAAGUAGGCGAAGCAAAGAUGACGAAUACAGCACACUGGCAAAUAAGUAUAUUCAUAACCCUCGAGCGGAGCACACUUUUCAUUACUCUUAGAUUUUUUUUUUUUAUUUUACAAAAUUCAACCGUGCUAAUUAAAAUGGAUCUGACUGACUAUGAGCUGGAGGAAUUUAAGCGAGCCUUUCAAAUAUUGGACCGAGAUGGAGAGGGUAGCAUUCAGGCAAGAGAAUUGGGCGUGUUCAUGCGAGAUUUGGGAAAGGUGCCCACAGAAAGCGAAUUGCAGGCAAUGAUCAAUCAAGUGGACUUAGAUGGUAACGGGAGCAUCGAUUUUGAAGAGUUUGUCAGUGCCAUGAUGGCAAAACUGAACACAAGAGCAGAUGAGGAUGUGCUGCGUGAGGCGUUUAGUGUCUAUGACAAGGAGAAUACCGGCUAUAUAGGAGUGGAUCAGCUGCGUACCGUAAUGAUAGCGUUAAAGCUGAAGCCCACAGAUGAGGAGCUUGACGAACUAAUACGUGAAGGCGACAUAGAUGGUGACGGCUACCUCAACUACGAAGAGUUCGUUCAGUUGAUGAAUCCCCGUUAGAACACAAGAACCGCUCAAAGAAAAAGAAAUGAUGACAGAUCAGACCUAAACAGAACCUACUUCAUUAUACGCAGAUCAUCGUAAGGCGUUUCGAGUAUGGCAUAUAUCUCCAGACUCAUCAGCAGAAGCCAGUAAAGUUAUUAGUAUUAGAGCAGAAGAAUCGUUUAGAUAAGUUAAGGGGUAUAAAUUAAAUUUGUUUUAUGAAAAUUCAGUGAGUAACGGAACUGUAUACACUGUAUAGUAAGAGCAUAAUUUGGCUUCAAAGAUUAUCUUACGACUCGUUUAAUGAAAGCUGGCUUAACAGA